AUGAAGAUUCCAGAGGAAACACAUAGAAAUGUGGAAAGGAGUUUGAAGAGAGAGAGAGUUCUCGGGAAAAAAUUAUGCUUUAGAAAUACCAUCAUAGCAUCUGACUCGAAGCUUCAACUCCUGAAUACAAUUUAUCGACCUCUUGCUAGCAUCUGCUGCAUUCUUCUUGACAUAAUAAGAAUUGAGGAGCUCCUUAAUCUUGAUAAGAUGAGUUAUUCCAACUGGCUGCAGCUUGAAAUUAUCACUGUGCAAUUCAAUCUUCAGCUCCCCAGCGUCAAAAUUUUAAUCAUGCCCCUUUGGAUUGUUAAUUCCUGGAUUGGUUUGGUAUUGGUUAAUGAUGCAAUAUUUCUGUGUUAUGCAGGGCGGUUCAUGUGGGAAUUUUCUAUUUUGAAUCAAGAGGGGCUGUUAGGAUGUGAUGCCACUGGCUUUCUUGUUGAUUGUAGGGCUGCAAUAAUCAGCUUUUGA